CUCACUCUUUGGUCAUGAGCUGUGGCGAUGAUGUGGUUCCUCCUUCUCCUCCACACUGCUUUCAUCGAGGCGGUGAUCGCACAAGGUGAGACCAGGCUGAUUCUUAAGAAUGGAAGCCACCCCUGUGAAGGCUACAUUGAAAUCUACAAUAAUGGCACCCCGGGCCAUGUUGGAGAGAAAUACUGGAGCCGGAAAAAUCUCAAAGUGGUGUGCAGGAGCACUCACUGUGGGGAUCCUGUGAAUUACACAACCGUGGUUGCACCGUGGCCCUCUAAGCAGAUGUGGCUCAACGAGGUGAACUGCACUGGAACGGAGAAACAUCUGUGGGACUGUCAUCAUCCUGGUUUGGGAGUCAGCACUCACGAAACAGGAACACGGCAAAAGAUUGAAUGUUCAAAUAUAAUCACAAUCAGCCUGGAUGGAUUUGAAUGUGCGGGAGCUGUGAAGUACUCCACAAAUGGAAUGGAAAAGGCUUCAGGUUACUUUUGUGGUGAUACAGGCUGGGGACAAGAGGAAGCCAAUCGUUUGUGUAAAAGCCUCAAGUGUGGUGAAGCCAAGGAGAUUUCGAACGACUGGAUGGUUUGGGAUAAAUUCAGAGAUUGGAAGAAGAUGACAAUCAAGUGUUCCGGCCUUAAAAACAUAGAUAAUCUGUGGCAAUGUGUCACUGAGGAAUCGUAUUCAUGCCAAACUCCUGCUGCUGUCAUAUGCACAGGUCACGACCAACUGCGACUCACAGGAAACGCAUCAAAUGUGUGUUCUGGGCAACUGGAAGAAUUUAAAAAUGACAAAUGGCAAAAGUGGAAUCCUGUUAACAACACCAGUUCUAAUGUGUGGUGUGAGCAAAUGCACUGUGGUAAGGAGGCCUCCCACAGUCAGCUCAACGACAGCAUACAGCUGACAUGCACAGACAAUGUUACAGUCGUUUUGAUGGACAAUAAGAAACGCAGCAACUGCUACGGGGAAGUUCAUAUUCAAAAGAAUGAUGAAAGUGUGGCCGUGUGUGGCACCCCCUGGAGCAAGAAGGACGCUGAAGUGGUGUGCAGGGAGCUAAACUGCGGCAGCGUGAUUAGUAACGAGGCAAAGACAUUUCGUUCUACGAAAGAAGGAAUAAUGGACAAUGUGAAAUGCUCAGGCAGUGAAAGCUCGCUGUGGCACUGCAGAGCUAGGCAUUACAACUCCCGUGUCCAAUGUUCUUCCGUUGCUUACGUGGUCUGUGCAGAUAGUAUAAAGGUGAAUUUGUUGGACGGCCCUGGUAAAUGUGCUGGGAGAGUGGAGAUCCAGCAUGAGGGCAAAUUCCAGAGGGUCAAUGCAGAUGGCUGGACGGUGGCCAAUUCAGAUGCUGUCUGUAAACAGCUGAACUGCGGGAGUAGACGAGAUCUCAGCACUCCGGAACAAUUUAGCCAGGGUUCAAAUGAUUUUCUACAGAAAACUGUAAACUGCAAGCCAAAAGCCAAACAUAUAUCCGAGUGUAUAGAAGCUAACUCAAACAACCCAGCCAAGGAUCCGGUGGCAGUAGGAAUAACCUGUGAGGAGCACAAGGUGGUGUUUCUGACAGGAGAAAGUUCCUGUUCUGGCAAGGUGGGGAUAGAGCACAGGGGUGAAACCUACUGGCUCUCCGGCUCUAAUGAGACAUGGGACCAAAACUCGGCCAACACAGUGUGUCGGCAGAUGCACUGUGGGGAAGCCUUUCCCCCUACCUCCACCCCUAACGUUAAUUCGAAGGAAGUUUGGAGUGAAUCUUACAGCUGCUCCUCCAAUGACACAUCUCUGUUGGACUGUGAAAACACAACACUGCCAUCAAACUACAGUGACACUAUUGCCAGUGUGAAAUGCAAAGGAAAAAUCGAGGUGAACCUGACCAAUGAGUGUUGGGGAUAUGUCAAUGUUUGUGCAAAUGGAGAGUGUGGAGAUGUGUGUGCAGACACCUGGACAGACCACAAGUCUGUGAUGCUGUGUAAAAACUUGGGCUGUGGGAGCAGAAUCCUAGAUCCCAAACUCAGUCUCAAGGCCAGUACUAGAAAGAGAAAGGUGAUCUUUAAGGGUUUGCAUACUACAACCAACACGACCGACCUGAGCCAGAGCAUCUUCAUUAAAAAUGAAGAAAAAAAUUACAACUGUAACCCCCACCAAGCCUACCUUGUUUGCUCAGGUAGUGUCAAGUCCAAGUUUUCUUCUUUCAGGGACAAAUGUUCUGGAAAUGUUUUGGUGAAGUACGAAGACCAGUGGCUCCCAGUUUGCAAGACAGCUCUUGAGAACACCAACACACAAAAGGUCAUCUGUGGGGAAAAAUGUGGUAUGGCUGGAAAAACCAUUCCCUACUUCGGACCUGAAUUUACAGAUCAUGUCAUUGAAAAAAUAGAAUGUGAGGAUGUGGCAUUUUCAAUAACAGCAUGCAAUGUCAAAAUCAGUUCUCAGAAAAGCUGCGAACGUGGCGGCCUUCAAUGCUCCAACUGGCGUAAGAUAGCGCUGACUGAUGGAGCAGCCUGUAGUGGAGCUGUGUCUGUCCACUCGGAGAACACAAUAACUGCUGUUACCACUGAAGGUUGGACAGAUCGUGAGGGGAAGAUUCUUUGCCAGAAUCUGGAGUGCGGUCAAUUUAUUUCAAAUAGGACAACUAAAUUAGAAACUAGCUUGAUCACAAGCUUCAACUGUGCAGCUAUGGAGAAUCCAGAAAACAUCUGGGAAUGUGAAAAGCAAACAUCAAAAAGUCAGAAUCAGCUCUUUGUUGAAUGUCAAGAUAAGUCCAACAUCACCCUUUCAGACAGAUGUUAUGGUGCAGUGAAAAUAAAUAACGUUGAGGUGUGCGCCGAUAACUGGAAGCCCGAAUAUUCACUGAAGGUUUGCCAAGAACAUAAUUGUGGCAACGCUAUUGCUGGUGCAUCUGGUGGUGAACAGGCUCUGGCAAAUAAGCAGUACUACCAUGUCAGCUGUGAGGGCAAUCAUUAUAAACUUGGCCAGUGCAAGAGAUUCAAGGACAAGUGUCAAGGAAAAUUGCUGUCCAUCCACUGUGUUUACAGUGUUGAAUUCCAAACAACCCAAACAUGUGGGGGUCAGAUUGAAGUCAACUAUGGACUUAACUGGAAAAAAGUGUGUCCCUUGAAAUCAUUUCACCAGAAACAUAAGGACACGCUUUGUCAAAAACUUGGUUGUGGUAACCAUAAUAAAAACCCAAUUAACAGCAAAACACAGGCCCCUAAAAAAGUGGAAACAUCGCUGACAUGCACCGAAGAUCACCUGGACAUCAGGUUCUGUGUCGAACAAAAAAGUUGUGAAAAAGUCCAACCAGCUGAGAUCUACUGUGACGGGUAUAAGGCUGAAAUAAUAAACCCGAUCCAACCCCCUCCGUCCCCCAUGCCUGUCAUCCUGGGUGUAGCAUUAAGUCUGCUUCUGGUCAUAGCGAUUGUGUUAGUUGUACGGAUCUGCAUCGUCAAGAAAGCAAAAAAAAAAGCCAUGAAUUUUUCUUUUGAAAUAGCGAGAAAGCUGUCAAGAACAGAAGUGGCGUUUGAAAGUGGCGACUACGAGGACGUCAAAGACAAUGAAAUGGAGGACCUAAGUCUUAGCAGAUUCAAAUCAGAGGCUAAAGUCAUCAUGGAGAAUGACUUACAGAGCACUUCCUCUUUUCACUACGAUGAUAUUGAUGACACUCCCCUGACCGCUCAGGCCGCCACUGAUGCUGACUUAAGAGACUACAUCAAUAAGGGUGAUCCCAAUGAAAGCACAGAUGGGGUAACCUACGAGGUGGAAGACCCACAGGAGAAUUACGACGACAUCGAAGCCUGCCCUGAAAUCACUCAAACUGAGGCUGAAGUCCACAACAGCACCCAAACAACACUUGAAAGCGUUGCAGAAGCACCUCAAGGAUUAGUGGAGGGGGAUGACGACUACCUAGUGCCAGGCCAGGAUGGGUGAGCCAAAACUAGGUUUAAAGGCUACAGAAAUACAUUUCAAAAAACUUGGCUACCUUUUGCAAAAAAACUACUCAAUAAGUCCAUAUUAUAGUGAAACAACAUUACCGUAG